UUAAUUUUUUGGCUCAAUAUUUUUGUUAAGUUUCACAGUUUAGACUAGCUAUGUAAAAUGUAAUGAUUCCUUACAAUUAUUAAUUAUUUGAAUCAAUAUAAAAUCCUUUCAUUAAACACAAUGCACCAAAAUCAUUUUUCUAAUCCAACAAAUAAAAAUUAUUCACCACGUUUUCACCACCCAACGACUCCAACUAUUGUUGACCGCAUUGUUUUUCCACAAAUGGUUAAUGAUGUCAGGUAUCAAUCAAGUAACAUAUUUGAUCCUAGGCAUUUAGAUCUUCAAAACCCGUUAAAAUUAGAUACUCAUUUCAAUGGUAAUGUGGAUUUUUUUAAAAAUCAUGAGAAGAAUGAGUUUUAUGACAAUUAUAGGUUUAUAGAAACACAGUUACCUUCAAAACCAAAUUAUUAUAAAAAUUCUAGUCGCUCACAGGUUCUAGAAGUUAAAACUAGGAUAUCAGUAGAUGUAUCUACUAUGACUGACCCUUUAACAAUAGAAGAACAAGAAAGACUUGGUCAAUGGGAAGGUUUUGCUGCUGUACAGUCUGGCAACAAAGUUGCUGAAUACUUGACUAGUCUGAGAGAAUUUCUUAAGUUAUCUCCUCCACAAGAAGGAAAAAGAAGACAAGGUCUAGGUGAUGUUAGAAUAGUUACAUCACCUGAUGGUUCUCGGCUAUAUUGCUGCUCUGAAUGCUUAAUGGCAUAUACUGAUAAAACAGUUUUGGAACAUCACUUAGCCAACCAUAAGGUAGAGCGUAGAUUUAUAUGUAUGGAAUGUGGAGCUGGUUUGAAACGAAAAGAGCACUUAGAUAGACAUCAAUUAAGUCAUAGUGAUCAGAGACCAUACACCUGUGCAGCAUGCCCAAAGACCUUCAAGCGUAAUGAACAUUUAGCUCGACAUUAUAUUGUUCAUUCUGGAGAAAAAGCACAUGUCUGCGUAGAGUGUGGAAAAGCAUUUUACCGUCGGGAUCAUUUACAAAAACAUGUUCAGGGACAUAUUACUAAAAGACUCAAAGCGGUUAUCAAUGCAGUUGUUUAAUUAAAAUAAAAUUCAGUUAAUGCUCAUAUAAUUAUAGUGCCUUUCUCUACACAUCUAGUCAUUAUUAUAAACGUGUGUAUUGUUUUGAAUAUAUUAGUGAAAUAUUUUAUCUUCGA